CUCUUAAAAAUAAAGGUGCCAGAGUGGUUCUUCAGAUUGAUGCCAUAGGGGAACCAAUUCAGGUUUUCAAAAGAUCCAUCCACAUGAAAGAUCCAGAAAUUACCUUUAUUUAUUUAGAUCUGUACGAGGCUUCAUAUAGUAAAUUACCAUGAACAGAUGUUAACAUUUGUAAACUACUAAUGUGUCAUAAUUUUAAAAAGAUUCUUGCUGUAUACAGUAACACCCACCUUCCAGUCUUGGGGACAUAAAAAGCUGAAGCCCGGGAAGGUGGUGUCAUUCUUGAGAGGAGCACAGAAGAGCAUUAAUUGAUUUUGCUUAGGAAUUAUUGUUGCCAUUUCAGUGCUUUUGAUAAUGUGUUGUUCAAUUUUCAGGACUAUUUCUGUUGCCAUUUUCCCUUUUGAGUUCAGAAGUAAGUGGGGUUACCAGGGUGGAACCCAAAAUUUUCACACAGCUUUGCCUACCUCCUUGCCACUGGACAUAAUAUAUAGAAAGAAAGGAAGAUUUAGAGGAUCACCUCUUCAGCAUACUAUAUGGUUGAAACAGAAUAAAACUGAAAUAAAGAAAGUAGAGAUCUGAGUUCUUUUUGCUAUAAUCAUUUUGAAAUAAUCCAGUGUACAUAUUAACAAAGCAAAACAUCAGUCAUACAGUACAGAGGGCAUUUCAUGAUUGAUGUCAUGGGUAUUCCAUGAUGUUGUAGAUGUGACCUAUGUUAUACCUAUUCCAGGCUGCAGUUUGACGCCUCUCAACAACUAAGCUAGAAUGUGAGAGAAUAGUGCCAGUAGAUGGCACUCACCAAAACAGACAUGUACAUGGAGAAAUAACACCACCACCAUAUACCACCAACUUAGUUAACUUGCAGGGCCAGAUAAAGCAGUACGCCUUUCAGGUGUAAAAAAUCCUGUUUUUCCUAUUUAUUCUAUUUUGUCUGUCAACACAUUUGUCAUCAUGGCUGCACAAGUAGUAGAAACCAAGCUUUCGAUAUGCCACAUUCUUAACGCCCCCUUAAAAGAGUUACUUGUGGAUGACACUAAUCAGCUGAUGUCAUGAGGUACGCAAGUCUUUGGAAGGCAAAGGAAAUAGCACAUAAAAUCACCUGAAGAGUAUCAAGUAGGCAGGGCUGGCAAACUGGGCUUGACCAAUAUUGUCUGUCCUGACUGACUGGCUCAUAACUGGUUAUGUCUCAAUCAUUUUUACAUUCUAGCCCUACUGAGUUUCUGGAUCAUUUUACAACUAUAGUGAUACAUUGUAAUAUAUUAUUCAUAAAUUACAGUAAAAACAAACCACUUAAUUAUUCUUUGAAAUAAAUAUAAAAAUAUAUUGUUAGCAAACUUGUCAAUCUUAUGAUAAGAUGUUUCUUUUUGACAGCAAUUCCUUUUCAUUACUAGCCUCACUUGUUCCUAGUUUUCCAGUUAAGGUCAUGGCAUUGCAAGGAAACCAUCCAUCCAUCCAUUAUCCAACCCGCUAUAUCCUAACUACAGGGUCACGGGGGUCUGCUGGAUCCAAUCCCAGCCAACACAGGGAAACAAACCCCGGGCAGGGCGCCAGCCCACCACAGAGGAAACCAGAAACUCCAAAGAAAACCACCAUGAGCAUGUAUUACAGAGGAUUAUACUUAAAGCAACAAAAUAAACAAAUUAUUUUAGGAUCAGACAUUUUAAGGAAUUUGCUUAGUAUUUGAAAAAUACAACAUGAGUUUAUUACCCAAGCUACGCACAAAACCCUUGAGGAAGAUUCUUGAAAGACAUUCACAUCUAAAUGAAUUAAGAAUGUAUCAAUGGACCGGUUCAAUGUAUACAUACCUUUCAAAAACUCCUCUGCAAGCAAAGGCAAAAUUGUACAUUACAAAGCUCCAGCAUGCCACAACAAAAACAGGCCUGAAUGGAAUAAUUGAAGAAGGAUUUAAAGGAUUUUCAAGCCAGGACAGCAAAGGUUCACAUUUUUUCUAUUGUACUGGUGUGCCAGAUUCAGACGACGUAGACCUAAAAAUAAGACAAUGGCUUUCCCAGUAUCCUGAAAUUGAGCAGACAGAGGAAAAUAUCAAAUCUUUUCAGAACUCUCCAGCCUUUUCAGAUAAUUCUCGCUAUGGAAAUUACAAGUUCACAUUUGAGUUGGAUGAUAUUAUCAAGGCUUACAGAGAUCAGAUCUGUGGCGGGAAAGAUCCAGUUUUCAGAAUAUAUGGAACCUUUUGCUAUAAAAAGGAGAUUGUGUAUAUGGUGGUUGUGCACAGUCCUGACUCAAUAGCUUUUGAUCAUUUUCCAUAUCUUCCUACAGAUGUGGGUGACCGCAUUUGUGGUAAAGAUGACGGUGGAAUUUACUGGUGCCCAGAAGCAAUGAGUGACAAGUGUCUGUAUGAGCAGGUUGAAGGGACGGCAAUUAUACCUUAUCCCUUUAAUGAGUACUUUGUAUGGGAUCAUAUGGUAUUUGCAUUUAAUAUGUCAAGCAACAUGAAAUUUAAAUUAGAAUAUCUUUAUGAACACCUCACAGCAUGUGACCUUGAAGAAAUAAAUUUAGCUGGGGAACGUGAAACCAAACAGGAAGCUGAACAAUAUAUCAAAAGACUGAAAGCGUCUAAACUAGACAAAACUUAAAUGAAAUAAAUUUAAUGAAUUUAGGGGUGACUUAUGUGAUGAUGAUAGAAAGAGGAUUUAAAAAAUAAACUCAUUAUAUUUAGAGUGAUUUUUUUGUGUAUAGUAGUGGAUAUACUUUUCUUGUACUAGUAAAUUUUGGUGUAAGCUGUAUCCAUCGUUUUAUUUACUCAGGUUUUAACAUUAUAUCAAGUAAAUGUGUUUGUAAUAUGAUUCACUUUAUAAUGUGUGAUUUAAAGUAUAAAAUAAUGGAUUAUAUACAUCCAUAUUAUUGUCAAAGGGUGUUUCUACUUAAAGAGUAAUGAAAAGAGAAAAAAUAUUUGAAAUAAAGCUUCCAUUCCUUUUAAGAAUGUAUUUCCAAAGCUAUGGUGGAUUUCACAGUGACACCAUGAAGUCUU